UCUGCGGUCACUGGCAACAAUGACUGCUGCUUUUUCUGGUCUUUUCCCAUUCAAGUCAAAGCCUGUCCAGGCAAUUAUUAUGUCUAUGAGCUGAUUAGUCCAGCUGUGUACUGUUCAGGAUACUGUGCAGAUGUUGGCAGCAUUAACACCAGCUCUACAACCGUCACACCUGCGAUCGUCUCAACUGUUUAUCCCUCUGUUGACCCCUGCUACAACUACAGUGUACUGGACGAUCCAUGGAAGAGCCACCAAUAAUAUAAACGCCUUCAGUCAGAAAGUGCGACACACCUCUGUCACCUGGAGAGGCUGGUAUCGUCUCUUCAUUAACGGUCUGAGCGCUCAGAUCCCAGACACCUGUGUUGAAAAAGCUGGCUGUGGCACUGAUAUCCCACUGUGGAUUCGUGAUGGACAUCCAUCACUGCAGGAUGGAGUCGUCACUCGAGAUGUGUGCGGUCCCUGGAAAAAUUACUGCUGCUUUUAUGGUUCUUACCCCAUUAAAGUCAAAGCCUGUCCAGGCAAUUAUUAUGUCUAUGAGCUGAUUACACCAACUUACUGUAAUUAUUCAUACUGUGCGGCUGUUACUAACAUCAGCAGCACCGAUACAACAGUCACACCAAAGACGACCACAGCUGGUAAUGUAGUCUGAUGUUUCCACUGUUGAAUUGUGUUUUGGCUGAAUGUUUGUGCAUCUGUAGAAUUGAACAGGUGUGUGAGUGUGUUUGUGUUUCUAACGACGAGGAAUAAUAGACUACAUGUAAUGUACAGUUGCAGAUCAUUGCCGACAUUUUCAUGAUCAUCUGUUCACAAGCUGCUAUUAAAGCGCUGCUUGUUAAGUGAAAUUAAGUUUACACAGUUACUAUAUGGUUGCGUGGGCAGUACAUAAUGAGUGUAAUAGUAUACUUACUGUAAUUAUUUUGUAAAUUCAAAAUUCUUGAAAAUUCAUAUUAGUUUUACUACCAGUCAAAGCCUGUCCAGGCAAUUAUUAUGUCUAUGAGCUGAUUAGUCCAGCUGUGUACUGUUCAGGAUACUGUGCAGGUAAUUAUAUUUACAUGAGCUCUUUCUACACAUUCAUGACAUUUGUGUUUCUGUACAUUAAUCACUAUUCAUCCAAACUUUCAGAUGUUGGCAGCAUUAACACCAGCUCUACAACCGUCACACCUGCGAUAGUCUCAACUGGUAAUGCAUCACACUGUGUCUCUAUUGGCUUAU